AUGGCGAAGAAGCAUCGUGUUAAGCGGCAGAAGUACGUCGAGCACCUCCUCCGCCUGGAGAAAGAGCGGGAGGCGUACUUGGAGAAGCGCACGCGCCCCAAGCGCAGCCGUGAGGAGCGCAACGACGGGGAGCGUUUUGCGGAGGUCGACGAAAGCCGCAUGGGGGGCGACAAGAAGAGGGGACGCACGGAGAAGCCGCUCGAUGAAGAGGUGCCGGCGGUGACUCCAGUGCCGCACUCUGAAGGAAGUGGCGCUGGUGCCAGCACACUGUUCAAGGAGGAGAAGUCUGGGACGGAAGGAAAAGCGGCUGGCGCGUCACACGCCACCACCACCACCACCACAACAACAACAACAAAAACAACUGCUACCACAACCGCUAAGCGUCUUAAACGAAGGUACUAG